CAAUCCUUAUAACAGAAAAAAAAAUAAAAAAUUGAAGAGAAAAAAAUAUAUAUUUUCUUGUUUUCUACAUCAAUUAGGGGUAAGGGAGUGGGUGUGUUUCUCCAAGUUACAAUUACAUCCACAAAUAAGUUGAAAAAUUACAACCAUGUCCUAGAUCUUUAUUCUUAGCCUUAAAAUAAUUAUCUAAAAGAAUUAAUUUAAAUAACCGCUAAUCACUUAAACUAAAAGAAGUCGUCAAGUGUAUAAUACAUGUAUAUCAACUUGACAAAGUAAAUAGUGAAUUCUCUGCUGAAGAAUGCGUGUCACAUUUGUCAAAACUAAUGCAUUUUUUAAAAUUCAACACAAAUACAAUAAUAUUUUUUAAGUAAGUUUUAGCCGCUCAAAAUUACCUCUAAAUUUGUACAAAACCAUAGGUAGUCACAUAUUAAACCCAAACAAAACUGCCAUAUGUUUUCUUCUAACCAUAACCAUACAUCUUUACUUCUUACAAAUUUUGUGUGCCUCACAUAUUUUUUCCUAGUGCCAGGACAAAAAUAUCCUAAAAACCAAAAAAAUAAAAAUAAAUCAAUACACAUUCUUUCAUUACAUGUCACACCUUAAUCUGUAGCUCUAUCAGAAAGAGCCUCCAUAAUUCUAUCUCUUUCUCUCUAGAAAACAGAAAAAAAGAACGACCUCUCAAGAAACUGAGAGGAAAAAUCAAGAAAAUAUGGCAGUAUGUACAGUGUACACAGCUCAAUCACUGAACUCAACAUGUUCAAUCUCCACCCCAUCAAAAUCCCACUUAAGAUUUCACCAAAAACAAGUAAUUUUCUACACAAAAAGAACAAACAACAAAACAAGAAUCUCCACAAGUAAUAAUAUCAUAACAUGUUCAGCUGGUGGUGAUGAGAAGACAGUUGUUAUUGGUUUAGCAGCUGAUUCAGGUUGUGGUAAAAGUACAUUUAUGAGGAGAUUAACAAGUGUAUUUGGUGGUGCUGCUGAGCCACCAAAAGGUGGGAAUCCAGAUUCAAACACAUUGAUAUCAGACAUGACUACUGUUAUUUGUCUUGAUGAUUAUCAUUCACUUGAUAGAACUGGAAGGAAGGAAAAAGGGGUUACUGCUCUUGAUCCUAGAGCUAAUGAUUUUGAUCUUAUGUAUGAACAAGUUAAGGCUAUUAAAGAAGGUGUUGCUGUUGAUAAGCCUAUUUAUAAUCAUGUUACUGGUCUUCUUGAUCCUCCUGAGCUCAUUAAGCCACCAAAGAUUCUUGUCAUUGAAGGUUUACACCCCAUGUUUGAUGAGCGUGUGAGAGAGCUCUUGGACUUCAGUAUCUACUUGGAUAUCAGCAAUGAGGUUAAGUUUGCUUGGAAGAUCCAGAGGGAUAUGGCUGAGAGGGGACACAGCCUUGAGAGCAUUAAGGCCAGUAUUGAAGCCAGGAAACCAGAUUUUGAUGCUUACAUUGAUCCGCAAAAGCAAUAUGCAGAUGCAGUUAUUGAAGUGCUACCAACUCAGCUCAUCCCAGAUGACAAUGAAGGCAAAGUAUUGAGAGUGAAAUUGAUAAUGAAGGAAGGAGUGAAAAACUUCAAUCCAGUUUACCUGUUUGAUGAAGGCUCCACAAUCUCAUGGAUUCCUUGUGGUAGGAAGUUGACUUGUUCUUACCCUGGCAUCAAGUUUACCUAUGGCCCUGACACCUACUUUGGCAAUGAGGUAUCUGUCUUGGAGAUGGACGGCCAAUUUGACAGAUUAGAUGAGCUCAUCUAUGUAGAAAGUCAUUUGAGCAACCUCUCCACCAAAUUCUAUGGUGAAGUUACUCAACAAAUGUUGAAGCAUGCCGACUUCCCUGGCAGCAACAAUGGAACAGGUUUCUUCCAGACCAUUGUUGGUUUGAAGAUCAGAGACCUCUACGAGCAAAUCGUUGCCAGCAGAGCUGGAGCUCCAGUCACAGCUGCAAAGGCCUAAACUUUCACAAAACUCUAUAAACAGCUAGGCACCAGAAUCAUCUGUUGUACCUUGUUGUUUCCCCUCUCAUCCCUGAAAUUUUAUUUGCCGACUUCUUCCCCACUUUCAUGUUUCAGUUUCAUGGUAGAUAAUUCCCCAUAAAUGAGAAAACACACUUUGCUAUGUAUUUAUUUGUAGCUGGAAAUGUGUUGAGAGUUGUAACAUGGAUAAUAAAAGGUGAAAUGAAUUUCUUUUCCCAGUA